UGUACUAGUUGAAAUUAGUGAAGAGGAUGUUGAAGAUGAAGAAGAGCUUGAAUUGGACUCAGAAAGUGAUGAGGAAUGCGAUGAUGUAUAUGAUAGUGAUACUAAUUAGAAUUAGGAUGCGAGGCAACGGUCGCAGGGGAGGUUUGUUGGGUCAUUCACAGUCAAGGCAGUUACCUGUGCAGGAUGAGCCCAAUGAUCAACUAGACCAAUCUACACAGGGUCAGCCUCAGGUUCCUUCACGAUCCACUGGGAGGUCGGCACCAGAUCCAGAGGGGUCUACUGCUUCAACACAGCAUCGAGCUACACCUCCACCUCCACCGCCACCACCUAUUACCCCAUCUUCUGAGCCUGCAAUUGGAUCAACCUCUGGUCAUGAAGGUCAUUCAGUUGGGGCAGCACCAAUAUCAUCGAUGGAUGGCCUAUCACUCACUACAUUUGGAAGAAAGAAAAGAAUAAAGCUCAUUAAUGGCACGUUACAUCCAUCUGAGGAAUGUGCUAAGAAGAUGAAGAAUAUCUUCAAGGAGAGGAUGGACCCAGAGGGGCACUGUUGGAAAACUAUCACGCCUGAAACAAAAGAGUUUUACUGGGAUGAAUUUCAAAAAUACUUUGAUUGGCAAGAGGUGACUCCACUAGUAAAGGAAGCUUGGAGGCGUAAGGCUGCAGAGCGCUAUAAGGCCCUAAUGUGCAAUGUCAGUACAGGAAAAUCCAAGGUCAUCGUUCCUAAUAGUACAAUGCAAAGCGAAGGAGGCAUGGAGUAG